UCUCUUCCUUCAGUCAGUUCCAGAAGUUCCACUCGAUCGGAUGAUUAUUGCGUUUUCGUGUGCCACCAUAAAGUGCUUUUUCCACUAGAAAUCUCAUUGUUUAUUCAACGUUUCUGCUAGAUUAUUCUUCUAUUUUUGGUGGGUGUAAAUUGCGUGGAAACCUCCGCCGUCGUCGUCGUCGCGUAAACUCCAGUGUAAUGACCGCCGAGGGGGGAGUGUGCUUUGGAAGAAGAGUGAAAAAUCUGUGCAAGCCAAUUGUGGCCACUAGUGAAAGGCACCGAUAUUGCCUGGCAGGUUCCAAGUGAGGACGUCGGAAAAAGUGUUCCUGACAUUUUGUCCCCCUUUCUAGAACUGCAUGAAGAAUCAACUGUAGGAAAAGAGUCGCAAGAAAAACAUUUCUCCCGCGAUGAGUUGGGGAAGGAUUUACGGGCUGCUGCUGCUGCUGGCAGUCCAGUUGACCGCCGGAACGGAGGAUGCCCUUGAGGGUGCUGCGUCACGGCAGCGAAAUGAGGACUGCACCGCCGUUGUCCCGGCCGAGGAAACGCUGCUGGUGUUCUCCACCCUGGGCGGUGGCCUGACCGCAAUCGACCCGAUGACGGGCGAAACGCGCUGGUCCAUCGCGGACGAACCGGCGAUCCGCGUUCCGUCGCUGUCGGAGAUGAACCCGCACUAUCUGCCGGAUCCGCGGGACGGCUCGCUCUACACGAUCCGCAACCCGGAGGGUGGUCUCAAGAAGCUCCCCUACACGAUUCCGCAGCUGGUGGCCAGCGCGCCGUGCCGUUCCAGCGACGGAAUUCUGUACUCGGGGAAGAAAAGCGACGACUGGUUCCUGAUCGAUCCGAAGACGGGCCGGAGGGAGAAGGUGCUCGGAUUUGGGGCGCCCCUGGACGGGGACAAGGCGGAAUCGAUUGGGUGGGCAACGUCCAGGGCGGUCUACCUGGGAAGGACACAGUACACGGUGAUGAUGUACGACAGUCAGGCCACCGGGCGGAACUCGAAACCGUGGAAUGUGACGUUCUUUGAUUAUACGUCGCACACGAUGGCACCGGAGUUGACCAAGGAUUAUGAAUUCCUCCACCUGACCAGCAGCUCGUCUGGCCUGACUGCGACGUUCGAGCAGAAAAAGGGCAUCCCGCUGUGGCAAAAGGACGUCGCGAGUCCGGUCGUGGCGGUGUUCUUGCUCGGUUCCGAGGGCCUGCUGAGCGUCCCCUUCCAGACGGUGUCGGACGAGGUGCUGCAGGAGAUCAACGAGCGGGCCCAGGACGGGAACAACUUUGACAACUUGAAGCUGUUCCCAACAGUCUACGUCGGGGAAAGCUCCAACAACAUUUACGCGAUUCCAUCGCUGGUGGACAAAAACACGGCAACCUUGCCGUCGGAACCGACGGUCAACCUUUUGGGAGGUCCCAACCGGCGUGACGAGCCGGGGCUGCAGCCCGGACAUGAGUUGAUCGCCGCCGAGUCGGCGCGAGUUCAAAAUGACAACAUCAUCAUCCUCGGUCACUAUCAACCGCCCAAAACGGACGAGAGUCUCAAGUUGGACAUCUCGCCGGGAUCUCCCGGGAGGUUCUACAAGGACGGUGGACUGUCUACAGUGCGGUUGGAGUUGAACGGCGGUCUUCAGAAAGAUGGAAAGAAUACAAAGACGAUCGGAGUUCAAACGGACCAGCUAAACGGAACUUCGUCCUCCACGACGGCACUCAAAGAGGACGUUAGCUUGCGGACGCUCUUCACCAAGCUGUACAUGGACGUGAAGCUGUGGCUAGACGCGCAACCAAACAAACUCCCCACGAUGAUGUUCGUGGCGUUGUUCGGAGUGGUCGUCUUCGGCUUUUGGUACUUCCACAUGCAGAUGAAAGCCCUCCAAGAGCAAAGCCAAAACGGAUCGCAAACCAACUCGAACCGCAGCACCGGAAGCAACUGUGUCGAGGCCAUCGACUUUGGCGACGGAGAAAUCCGCGUUGGCAAGAUUCACUUCAACACCAGUCACGUCCUGGGAAAAGGUUGCGAAGGAACGUUCGUGUUCCGAGGCACCUUCGAAAAGCGCGACGUGGCCGUCAAGCGAAUCCUCCCCGGUUGCUUCACCCUGGCCGAUCGGGAGGUCACCCUCCUCCGCGAAAGCGACAAGCAUUCCCACGAAAACGUGGUCCGGUAUUUCUGCACCGAGCAAGAUCGUCAAUUCUGGUACAUUGCCGUAGAACUAUGUGCCGCCACCCUCCAAGACUACGUUGACCCAAAAUCCGCCGACACGUUCCAGAAGCAAAUCUCCGUCCAGGAAAUUCUCUGCCAGGCGACCUCCGGGCUGAUGCAUCUGCACUCGAUCGAUAUCGUGCAUCGGGAUAUCAAGCCGCAGAAUAUUCUGCUCUCGUUGCCGGACAACAAGAAGCGCGUGCGAGCGAUGAUUUCGGACUUUGGGCUGUGCAAGAAGUUGAAUUAUGGGAAGGCGAGCUUUUCGAGGCGGUCCGGAGUUACGGGCACCGACGGCUGGAUCGCUCCGGAGAUGCAGCGCGGUCACCGCACCACCACCUCGGUGGACAUCUUCUCGCUAGGUUGCGUAUUCUACUACGUAAUGACCCGCGGUCAGCACCCAUUCGGCGACAACCUGAAACGCCAAGCCAACAUCCUUUCCGGGGAGUUUGAUCUGCGCGGGUUGCACAAGGAGCGGAAGGUGACGCACGUGUCCGUGCUGGCGGAGGAGUUGAUUGGGGCCAUGAUUGCGAACGAUCAGUCGAAGCGACCGCCGGCGGCUGCGGUUAGGAAUCAUCCGCUGUUUUGGGACAAUGAGACGAUUCUGGGGUUCUUGCAGAACGUAAGCGAUCGGGUGGAGAAGAGCGAUAUUAUGCAGCAGCCGUUGAGGGCGUUGGAGCGGAACGCGAGGUUGGUGGUGCGGGAGGAUUGGAGUUUGCACUUGGACCAGGAAAUUACGGCGGAUUUGCGCAAGUACCGCGGCUAUCAGGGCUUUAGCGUGCGGGAUUUGAUGCGGGCGUUGAGGAACAAGAAGCAUCAUUAUCAUGAGUUGACGAGUGACGUUCAGCAGGCGCUGGGGACGAUUCCGGACGGGUUUACGUGCUACUGGACGGGGCGGUUCCCGCAUCUGUUGUCGCACGCGUUCCACGCGCUUGCGGACUGCUCGCAGGAGUCGAUCUUUACGCGAUACUACAACGACUGCGUCGGCUAUCGGUUCCCGCGGCCGGCGUACUUUGACGAGGAAGCGAACGACAAUCACGAGCUGAUCCGGUACUACGAGGGCGCGCAGAAGGCGAAGGCCACCCAGAGUCCGAAGAGGAAGCCGGGGACAUGGACGACUGCGUCGUCAGCGGAAGAUUCUCCGCUCAAGAAUAACCGAAGGGGGGCGUACAACUUUGGCAAGUACGCCAACACGGGGUUCAUCACGCGGGAGCAGAUGAUGGGAGGGUCGGCGGUCAAUCCGGCUGCUGUUACGGCGGGGGAAGGUGAGGAAGAGGGGGUUGAAGGCGGCGCUGAGAAGGAUGACUUUGUUACCGUUGUUAAUCAUAAUCACAAUAAUCGUAAGAGGUUCAACAAUAAUAACAAUCACGGCGUGAGGCGGAGAGAGAACGUGAAAGUUACGUGGAACUUGAAUCCGCAGCAAGCAGGUAGUGAAUAGGAAAAAUCUAGAUUAAUAAGUUAAAUUAUAUUUUUUGUGUUUAGGUAAAAAAACCAUUCCUUCGUUGCAAUAAGUCUAAUUAACUCUACUUAUCAGUCACAAAUUGUGUAAAAUUUUUGUAUAUUUUCAAAAAAUAUCUUCUUCAAUCUGUUUACAGUUUAUA